ACAUCCACCGCCAUGAAGCUGGUGAUUCUGUCCUGCCUGGUGGCUGUCGCUGUUGCCGGCGGCUUUGGCUACGGCCCCAGAGGUCGUGGCUUUGGCUUCGGCGGCCUUGGUGGAUACGGCGGCUACGGCGGCUAUGGCGGCUACGGAGGAUACAGCGGCUAUGGCGGCUACAAGGGAUACGGCGGUUACGGCGGCCGCGGUCUUUACAAAUACGGCGGUUACGGCGGAUACGGCGGGUACGGCGGUUAUGGCGGCUACGGUGGUUACGGCGGCUACGGUGGUUACGGCGGCUACGGCGGUUACAGCGGAUACGGUGGUUAUGGCGGCUACGGCGGUUACGGUGGUUAUGGCGGCUACGGCGGUUACCACGGUUACAGCUAUAAAGGCUACUGAGGAUAUGGCCGGCACUAAAGCAAGGGCCAAAAAUGUGGCCUUUACUUCAACGUGACACAGAUGUUAUAAUUGUCUUCAGACCAAGCUCUUCAUGAAUAGGAUGCAUGCUUAUAUACACAUAAGCCAGCCCGUAAAGUGUGCAUAUGUGUAUGGCUGUAGGUUUGGGCCCUGUGUCGAAUAAA